UAUUUUUGUCAUAAUCACGGGCAUUUUAUUAUUGUAGUAGAUGGGAUUGUGCAACUGCAAUUUAGAUGCAUAACUCAUUGUGACAAAACUGUCAUGACUCCGCCGGCAGAGUCAUUGCCCACUUCGAAACGUCCGAUUUCCACCAUUGCCAUUAUUAUGGCUAUGCAGACUGAAGCUCUACCUUUAAUCGAUAAAUUUCAUCUCUCUUUGGCUCUAGAUUCUCUAUUUCCGAAUGGGGUUCCUUGGGUGCGAUAUCAUGGUACUUACAAUGAUCUGUACAUCAAUAUUGUACUGCCAGGGAAGGACGUAGUUCUUGGGGUUGACAAUGUAGGCACAGUUUGUGCAUCGCUCAUCACGUAUGCUUCCAUUCAGGCAUUACAGCCAGAUCUUAUUAUCAAUGCCGGAACCGCAGGUGGCUUUAAGGCGAAAGGAGCUUGCAUUGGAGACGUGUUCCUUGUGUCAGAAGUAGCUUUUCAUGAUAGGAGGAUACCUAUCCCUCUCUUUGAUCUUUAUGGAGUCGGUCAGCGACAGGCUUUUUCGACACCUAAUAUGUCAAAGGACAUCAAGCUAAAGGUAUAUGUUGUUUGUUACAGGCCGGCAAAUUGUCUACUGGAGACUCUAUGGAUAUGUGCCCAAUGGAUGAAUCAUCUAUUAUUGCAAAUGACGCCACACUUAAGGACAUGGAGGGAGCAGCAGUUGCAUAUGUGGCGGAUCUGCUGAAAAUCCCUGCAAUAUUUAUGAAAGCUGUCACUGACAUCGUUGAUGGUGACAAACCAACUUCAGAAGAAUACUUGGAGAAUUUGUCUGCUGUGACCGCUGGCCUUGGUGAAGCAGUUUCCCAAGUUGUUUAUUACCUCGAUGGAAAAUGCAUUGCGGAAUUAUAAUCACUUCUUACAACUUAUUUCUGUUUGCACUGGUCAUUGAUGAAGAACAUUUGCAAUCCAAUUCACUAUGCAAUUCUUAUCUAGUAGUAUAGAUUAUUUAUAUGUACACAAUUUAAUAGAGUAGCUUGUAUCCUGAAGUAGAAAAUUAUUGAUCUUUACUUGGUCAGGAACUGGACUGCACUAAUGAUGCCUGAAUCCAAACUGGGCGGGACAGUUUUUUCAUUAA